AUGUCAUCAAACUCUGGAAUCUCGUCUGAAGUGUUGACGCAAGCUAUCAAGGAAAAGCUUUCAGCUGAACAUGUAAUUGCUAAUCAACUCAUCUUGUCAUUACUCGAACAGGAGGUGACGGACACUUCAGGAGGUUGUGGUCAAUCAUUCGAAGCGAUCAUCGUGUCUUCACUGUUUGAAGGAAAGCCACUACUGGCUAGACACAGGCUAGUCAAUGAAGCAUGUGCUGAACAGAUUGCUCAGAUCCAUGCAUUUUCACAAAAAACCUUGACACCAGCUCAGUGGGUUGAAACUCAAAGCAAGUCAUCAUCAUAA